GAGCAUUGAAUCUAUGGGCGCACCUUUGUCCUCCUCACCCACCAUGCCAACCGCGACACUCACAACAGAAUCCUACUCGGAAACACACAUUAUUCCUCUCAGGGCGUCCCCCGCAACGUCUAAAGUAAUGGUCACCGACGUGCGGGAACAGCAAGCCUCGGUAGCCUCAACACUCCGUUCGCUAUACAACCGUGCAGCGCGCGCUUUCCUCCAUCGUGACGUCGCCCUCGCCCACUCCCUCUCGGAGUCCGCCUUCGCCAUUCUUCCUCCUCCAAAAUUACACCAGGAUUCACUCGCAGAUCAGCGCCGCAAAUGGGACAUUCUGCGAAUCACGCUCGAAGUCACCGUCUACACAUCCCCGCCCACGGAUUCCGCUGCCAUUCCACCCUCUCUGAGAUCAAAUGCUAUGAUGUCUGCACAGUCUCUCAUAUCGGCGCUGCAUGCACGCUCGUUGCAAAUGUUUACUCCUACAAAGAAACCCGAUGCCGCGUUCUUGCCGUCUCAAGUCCUCGUCACGCUCGCACUCGGGAGCAUGAAGACGGAUUGCCCGGCAGUGGGUCGUGCCAUCAUCGAAGAGUGGCUUGCGCGGAGGGGCCACAGUGCCAUGUAUGCAGGCGCCGAGAACACGAACCGUCAGAGCCCAGACGGGUAUGAGAAAGUCCUGGACGUGUAUUGCCUCAACGUGUUACCUAUGCUUGAAGAAUGGGACUAUGCCUUGGAAUUCUUGGAAUACGAAACAGAACUAGAACCCUCACGAAGACAA